UGCCGGGACGGGGCGCCGCCGCCAUGGCGGACCUCGGGCGCCUGCUGCUGCCGCUGCUGCUGUUGCUGUCGGGGCCAGCGAGCGGGGACCCGGCCGGCUAUCUGCUCUACUGCCCCUGCAUGGGGAGGUUUGGGAACCAGGCGGAUCACUUCCUGGGCUCCCUGGCAUUUGCCAAGACCGUGAAUCGCACCCUGGCUGUGCCCCCCUGGAUCGAGUACCGGCACCACCGGCCUCCCUACACCAACCUGCAUGUUUCCUACACGGAAUACUUCAAGCUGGAGCCUCUGCUAGAAUAUCACCGGGUUAUCAGCUUGGAGGAGUUCAUGGAAAAACUGGCACCAGUGCACUGGCCCCCCGGCAAGCGAGUGGCUUACUGCUUUGAAGUAGCAGCCCAGAGAAGCACCGACAAAAGGUCUUGUCCCAUGAAGGAUGGAAACCCAUUUGGUCCAUUUUGGGAUCAAUUCAAUGUGGAUUUCGAUAGAUCUGAGCUCUUCCGAGGCAUUUCCUUCAGUUCCUACUACAAGGACCAGUGGAUGCAAAGGUUUCCACCUUCAGAACACCCUAUUCUUGCCCUGCCUGGAGCACCAGCUCAGUUUCCAGUGUUAGAGGAGCAUCGGCCUCUGCAUAAGUAUGUCGUGUGGUCUGAUGAGAUGGUGAGGAAGGGAGAGGAAUAUAUUCAUUCUCUUCUGGUCAGGCCUUACGUAGGAAUUCAUCUGAGGAUUGGUUCAGACUGGAAGAAUGCUUGCAAUAUGCUGAAGGAUGGGACAGCUGGGCCUCACUUCAUGGCUUCACCACAGUGUGUAGGCUAUGACCGAAACACAGCUAUGCCUCUCACCAUGGAUAUGUGCCUUCCAGACCUGACAGAGAUCAAGCGUGCGCUCAAGCUCUGGGUGAAGAAGGUAGAAGCAAAAUCUGUUUACAUUGCCACUGAUUCUGACCCCUAUACCAAGGAAAUACAGCAACUUUUCCAAGGAAAGGUCAAAGUGGUGAAUUUGCAACCUGAAGUGGCCCAGAUUGACUUGUACAUCCUUGGCCAGUCUGAUCAUUUUAUUGGGAACUGUGUUUCUUCAUUUACUGCCUUUGUGAAGCGAGAGCGUGAUGUGCACGGGAGACCUUCCUCAUUUUUUGGCAUGGACCACCCGCCGAGGCUGCGGGAUGAGUUUUGACCAGGACCCAAACAAGCAGUAGUUUUUGUUUUUAGAGCUGUGAACUCAGGAGCCCUGUUGACAGAUAGACCAGGACACAAACAUUUUCAUAAAAGAAUAGGAUAUGCCAGCUGUAUUGAUAGGCCUGUCCUGAGGCCUUCAUUUCAUCCUUGUGUUAGUUUCGGGAUUCAUUCUCACUGACUUCUCAGUUUCGCCAUGUUGCCAGCAUGAGAUCAGAAAAGGAAAGUGAAUUUUAAACGCUGUACAUUAUAUGAAACCUUCCAUUCUCCUUAUUUUGGAUUAUCAGCUAUCUUGAUUAGGUAGCUAUCCACAUUUCAUCUUUCUCUCACGUCUUGUUGUUUUUCCUGGAGGUACCAGGAAGGUUCUUGUCAUGAAGAAUCAUUCCGGGUUCUCUGUAAGUGCUAAGUAUUAUUGAAAGGGAACAUGCUCCAUGAAAGGAACAUGGCUUCAGGCUCAGGACUUCAGGGAUCAGAUGAUCUGGGUUUUAUUCUGAGUGCUACUGCUGUCCCAUUAUGGGCCAGUCAGAUCUGUGCCCCAGUUUACCUGUCUGUAAAAUGGGUUUCAUACCUACCUCACUGGAGUGUUAUUAGGAUUGAUCCAUUACAUUUGCACAUCACUUUGAGAUCUCUAGGGUGCUUCAGAAGUACAGUGAUGGUAUAUCAGAAUGAUGCAGGUACCUGUUCAACCUGUCUUAGAGACUGAACUGACCUAGGGAGCAUGGGGCAAU